UCCUCCAGUCUGCUUGCCCUUCCCGUCUUGCCGGCUCUAGACACCUGUUUGACCCGCUAGCUUGAAGUCCCGGGGAGCACGCAGCCUCGCGGGGCGUGAGCCCUGCCCGACGGGCGAGCAGCGGCCCCGGAGGGGCGGGGCGGGGCGGGGCAAGCCCCGCGGCCCGAGUGAGCUCGGCUCCGUCUGCAGGCAGGCCGGGUCUCCUGGCGGUCUGUGUAUCCUGCCAUUCAUCCGCUUGUCGCAGGCCAUGGCGAAGCUGCUGGUGCUCCUCCUCCUGCAUCUGGGAAUACUACUCUUCAGGGAUCACCGGUCUUCUUACCAAACACGAAUGAAUGCUUUCCGAGAAGUAGAACCAGUAGACCUUCCUAACUGCAAUUUAAUUAAAGGAAUAGAAGCUGGCUCUGAAGACUUGGAGAUACUUCCUAAUGGACUGGCUUUUAUUAGCUCUGGAUUAAAAUAUCCUGGAAUAAAGAGCUUUGAACCUGAUAAGCCUGGAAAAAUACUUCUGAUGGACCUGAAUGAAGAAAAUCCAACAGUGUUAGAAUUGAGGAUCACUGGAAGCACGUUUGAUUUGUCUUCAUUUAACCCUCAUGGGCUUAGCACAUUCACAGAUGAAGAUAAUACUGUGUACCUGCUGGUAGUGAACCAUCCAGAUGUUAAGUCCACAGUUGAAUUGUUUAAAUUUCAAGAAGAUGAAAAAUCACUUUUGCAUCUGAAAACCAUCAGACACGAACUUCUGCCUAAUUUGAAUGAUCUUGUCGCUCUAGGACCUGAGCAAUUUUAUGCCACAAAUGACCACUAUUUUGUUGACCCUUACUUGAGAUCCUGGGAGUUAUAUUUGGGCUUAGCAUGGUCAAAUGUUGUUUACUAUACUCCAAAUGAAGUUCGAGUGGUGGCAGAUGGAUUUGAUCUUGCUAAUGGAAUCAACAUUUCACCUGAUGGCAAGUAUGUCUAUAUAGCUGAAUUGAUGGCUCAUAAGAUUCAUGUGUAUGAAAAACAUGCUAAUUGGACUUUAACUCCAUUGAAGUCCCUCGACUUUAACACACUCGUGGAUAACAUAUCCAUGGACCCUGUGACAGGGGACCUUUGGGUUGGAUGUCAUCCCAAUGGCAUGAAAAUCUUCUUCUAUGACCCGGAGAAUCUUCCCGCAUCAGAGGUGCUCCAAAUCCAGAAUAUUCUAACAGAGGAACCCAGAGUCACGGUGGUUUAUGCAGAAAAUGGUACAGUGUUGCAAGGAAGCACAGUGGCCUCUGUGUACAAAGGGCAACUGCUGAUUGGCACUGUGUUCCACAAAGCUCUUUAUUGUAAGCUCUAAAAGGCCAAUUGACACCCAUGCCGUGGAAACUGUGAGCCCAUCGAUUCAGCUGCUGGCCACAUCUCGGGGCCACAGUGGUUUCACCUCGUCAAUGACCUUUGACUCUAAAUGUGGCCAUGAUGAGGAAUGAAAAUGCUGUUUAACUGAGAACAGACACAAUGCAUAUUGCUUUUUUGAGGGUACAAAUGGAAUGUUUGCAAACCAAAUUUACCAGUACAAAUCCUUUUCAAUAAAAUGACUAAAAUUGUUA